AUGUUGAAGGAUCUUGCUUUGAUGCGUAUUGUGGCUAGACGUUCAUCUCAUCCACCGGUCGGGCAAUCUCAAAUCACCACCGAAUCAAAAACAACCGAUAAUUCUAAAUUCGCCCCACAAUUUGCUGCUACCAAUGAUACUUCCGACUUCCCCAAAGCCGACGAAGCCGCCGCCGAUAAAGCCGACGCCGAAAAAUCCGACGACGGCAAAGCGGACACCCCCAAAGCCGACGCCCCCAAACCCGACGUACUCAAAGCAGACUCCACCAAACCGGACGUUCCCACAGCUGACGCCCCCAAACCCGACGCCUCCAAAGCCGACGUUCCAAAAGCUGAAGCUGCCGUAGCCGACGACGCAGACGCCCCCAAAGCCGCCGUCCCAAAAGUUGACGCUGCCGUAGCCGACGACCCCAAAGCCGACGCCGAAAAAUCCGACGACGGCAAAGCGGACACCCCCAAAGCCGACGCCCCCAAACCCGACGUACCCAAAGCCGACUCCACCAAACCCGACGUUCCCACAGCUGACGCCCCCAAACCCGACGCCCCUAAAACCGACGUCCCAAAAGCUGAAGCUGCCGUAGCCGACGACGCAGACGCCCCCAAAGCCGCCGUCCCAGAAGUUGACGCUGCCGUAGCCGACGACGCAGACGCCCCCAAAGACGACGGCAAAGCGGACACCCCCAAAGCCGACGCCCCAAAACCCGACGCCCCCAAAGCCGACGCUGAAAAAUCCGACGACGGCAAAGGCGACACCCCCAAACCCAACGUUCCCACAGCUGACGCCCCCAAACCCGACGCCUCCAAAGCCGACGUCCCAAAAGCUGAAGCUGCCGUAGCCGACGACGCAGACGCCCCCAAAGACGACGGUAAAGCGGACACCCCCAAAGCCGACGCCCCAAAACCCGACGGACCCAAACCCGACGUUCCCACAGCUGACGCCCCCAAAUCCGACGCCCCUAAAACCGACGCUUCCAAAGCCGACGUCCCAAAAGCUGAAGCUGCCGUAGCCGACGACGCAGACGCCCCUAAAGCCGCCGUCCCAAAAGUUGACGCUGCCGUAGCCGACACCCCCAAAUCCGACGCCCCCAAAGGCGACUUCCCCAAAGCCGAUUGCCCCAAAGCCGACUCCCCCAAAGCCGACGCCGAAAAAUCCGACGACGGCAAAGGCGACACCCCCAAAGCCGACUCCACCAAACCCGACGUUCCCACAGCUGACGCCCCCAAACCCGACGCCCCUAAAACCGACGCUUCCAAAACCGACGUCCCAAAAGCUGAAGCUGCCGUAGCCGACGACGCAGACGCCCCCAAAGCUGCCGUCCCAAAAGUUGACGACGGCAAAGGCGACACCCCCAAAGCCGACUCCACCAAACCCGACGUUCCCACAGCUGACGCCCCCAAACCCGACGCCCCUAAAACCGACGCUUCCAAAACCGACGUCCCAAAAGCUGAAGCUGCCGUAGCCGACACCCCCAAAUCCGACGCCCCCAAAGGCGACUUCCCCAAACCCGACGCCCCCAAAGCCGAUUGCCCCAAAGCCGACGCUGAAAAAUCCGACGACGGCAAAGGCGACACCCCCAAACCCAACGUUCCCACAGCUGACGCCCCCAAACCCGACGCCCCUAAAACCGACGCACCCAAAGCCGACGUCCCAAAAGCUGAAGCUGCCGUAGCCGACGACGCAGACGCCCCCAAAGACGACGGCAAAGCGGACACCCCCAAAGCCGACGCCCCAAAACCCGACGCCCCCAAAGCCGACGCUGAAAAAUCCGACGACGGCAAAGGCGACACCCCAAAACCCGACGGACCCAAAGCCGACGUUCCCACAGCUGACGCUCCCAAAGCCGAUGCCCCCAAAGCCGAUUGCCCCAAAGCCGACGCUGAAAAAUCCGACGACGGCAAAGGCGACACCCCCAAACCCAACGUUCCCACAGCUGACGCCCCCAAACCCGACGCCCCCAAAGCCGACGCACCCAAAGCCGACGCUGAAAAAUCCGACGACGGCAAAGGCGACACCCCCAAACCCGACGUUCCCACAGCAGACGCCCCCAAACCCGACGCCCCUAAAACCGACGCCUCCAAAGCCGACGUCCCAAAAGCUGAAGCUGCCGUAGCCGACGACGCAGACGCCCCCAAAGACGACGGCAAAGCGGACACCCCCAAAGCCGACGCCCCAAAAUCCGACGCCCCCAAAGCCGACGCUGAAAAAUCCGACGACGGCAAAGGCGACGCCCCAAAACCCGACGGACCCAAAGCCGACGUUCCCACAGCUGACGCUCCCAAAGCCGAUGCCCCCAAAGCCGACGUCCCAAAAGCUGACGCUGCCGUAGCCGACACCCCCAGGGUCGACGCUGCCAAAUCCGACGCUGCUAAAGCCGACGCUAACAAAGCCGCCGCUGCCAAAGCCGCCGCCGACAAAGCCGCUAAAGUCGCCGCCGACAAAGCCGCAAAAGCCGACGCCGCCGUUAAAUUAGCCGCUGCUAAAUUCACCGCCGCCAAAGCCGACGCUGUCAAAGCCAACGCCGAUAAAGUCGCCGCCGACAAAGCCGCAAAAGCCGCCAAUGCAGGUGUCGCCAAAGGCAGAGCCUCUAGAGUCUCCAUUGCUAAAGCACGCAAGGCUGCCGCCGCUGCUAAAGUCGCCAUCGACAAAGCCGUAAGAGCCAACGCCGCCGCUAAAGUAGCCGCCGCGAAAUUCACCGCCGCCAAAGCCGACGCUAUCAAAGCCAACGCCGAUAAAGUAGCCGCUCACAAUGCCGCAAAAGCAGCAGCCAAAGACGCCGCGGUCAAAGCCGACGCCCUAAAACCCGACGCCCUUAAAGCAGACGCCCCCAAAUCCGACACCCCCAGGGUCGACGCUGCCAAAGCCGCCGCCGACAAAGCCGCUAAAGUCGCCGCCGACAAAGCUGCAAAAGCCGACGCCGCCGUUAAAUUAGCCGCUGCUAAAUUCACCGCCGCCAAAGCCAACGCUGUCAAAGCCAACGCCGAUAAAGUCGCCGCCGACAAAGCCGCAAAAGCCGCCAAUGCAGGUGUCGCCAAAGGCAGAGCCUCUAGAGUCUCCAUUGCUAAAGCACGCAAGGCUGCCGCCGCUGCUAAAGUCGCCACCGACAAAGCCGUAAGAGCCAACGCCGCCGCUAAAGUAGCCGCCGCGAAAUUCACCGCCGCCAAAGCCGACGCUAUCAAAGCCAACGCCGAUAAAGUAGCCGCUCACAAUGCUGCAAAAGCCGCAGCCAAAGACGCCGUGGUCAAAGCCGACGCUGCUAAAGUCGCAGUCGACAAAGACACAAAAGCCGCCGCCGCUAAACCUAAGAAUAAAUAA